UUUCUCUUUCCUCAGCUUAAUUUUCUCUUCAACCAUUAGACAUGUCUUCAUCUAAGGGUGGUUCAGUGCAGCUGACAGAAUCCGCUGAAAUCAUCUCCAUUCAGAUUAUCAUUGAAAAGCUAAACCGUUUGCAUGAACUUCUCAACAAGGCGGUGAUCAACAGGAAGGAGAAGGUCGAUGUUUCUGAUCGAGGCAAUCAAGGGAAGGAAAGCAAAGCUGCGGAUGAAGAUAAAAAGACAAAAGAGAAAAAAGUGCCUCCUCAGCUUGAGAAAGUAUGCGAAGAGCUCAAUCAAAUGAUUAGAGCAUUUCAGAAACUGAAGAAUUUUGAAAAUGAUCUCAUAAAACAGGUCAAAACUCUUCAAGGCAAUGUCGAUGACAUCCUGAAAGGUCUUGAAUCCUCAAGUCGCUCCUUUGACCAGCGGAUUGAGCACAAUCUUAAAGUUCUGAGUACCAACAUCACAAAAGUGAAAAUCCAGAUCCCAUCGCAGCAUCAAGCCUCAAACUUAAUUUCUGGACCAAGUUGGAAUUUGCAGAAGACAGUUGCCUGCAGCAGGGAAGAAGGUGAUCUGCCUAAUCUAUAUGAAGCAGCAAAAAUACUUGAGCCCAAACGCUCUUUUUUCAAAGAAAUUCAAGACAAAUAUGACCGCCUUGAUGUGAAGUUCCGGCUGUGCUUGUUGUGUUUCGCAAUCUUCCCGGAGAAGGCAGAAAUUAAGAAGAGCCUUCUAAGACUUUGGUGGCUUGGAGAGAGUUUAACGGAAAUUCCAGGGGAAAAGGAGGAGAUGGAUCCUAUGAACCACAUUCUUGGAGUAUUUGUCAAGGAGGGAUUCAUUGAGCCUGUCGAGAAAAAAAGUAGAUUGCCUGCUACCAGCUAUAAGAUGCACCCAAUUGUUCGUUCUUUGUUGAUCAGGCUUGCCAAGGAGGCUAACUUCUUUGAUUACGACUCCAAAGGAAACCCGAAGAUGGAUUCUUCAGCGAGCCAAAAGGCAUGUCUGAUAAAAUCCGAAGGACCUUAUUGGUCAUCUAAAAAUUCUUCCCAGACCGUGGAAAAGCAGCAGCAGCAAACAAAUUCGAAAAAGCAACAACUAACAAAUCCGGAAAAGCAGCUAACAUUGUUCAACAUAAGUAAGCAAUAUCUUGAUUUUCCAUUGGAGCUAUUUUCCAAGAUGACACGCAUCAGCGUUCUUUAUCUGGGAAGAUGGGAGAGCAUACGUAAGCACCACAUAGAGGUGGAAAGCACUAAAUUCUUGGAAGGUUUGAAAAAUAUGAAGCGUUUAAGGCUUUUGAGUCUUCAAGGAAUCUCCAGAAUUACGAUGCUAGAAGGAUCUCUUUGCGAACUCAUCAAUUUGAGAAUCUUAGAUCUUAGAGCAUGUCAUAAUCUGGAGACACUGCCAGACAAAAUAGGCUCACUCAAGAAUCUCACUUACUUGGAUAUAUCUGAGUGCUAUUUUCUUUAUCACAUGCCCAAACAGCUGAGUUCCCUUUCACAACUCCAAGUCCUCAAGGGUUUUGUGAUUAGCGAUAGCAAAAGCUCGUGUACUCUAGACGACCUGGCACUGCUAACAAAUCUGAGGAAACUCAAUGUCAAUGUAGACAGCGGGAAGUUCAAUAUAGACACUGCAGGAGAUGCUCUCUUCAAAUUUACGGGACUUCGGAAGCUGAAAAUAGCGUGGGAAGGCGAGGAAGAAACAAUAAAGCAGGAAAGCGUUGAAGCAAAACCAACGCUAGAAAAGAAGCGCUGUUGUCUAGCAAAAUUUAUUUGUGGAAACAAAGGCGAGAGGAAAGGUAAUGAAAAGCAGGAAGAAGCACAGGGUACUUUCUCGAAACAUAAGAUGUCAAGCUCCGGGCAAGAAGGAAGACCGGCGAGUGCGGGACAAGCUAACGAAUUAGGACUAGUAAAAUUGGACCUUCAGGGUUACCGUGGAACAAAACCACCAAGUUGGCUGGUGCCGGAGAAGCUAACUAGACUAAAGCAGCUCUAUAUAAGAGGUGGAAGACUCAGUGACCUGGGUGACAAGAAGUGGGAGAAGAUUGAGAUUUUACGUUUGAGGUAUUUGAGUCGCCUAAAGAUGAACUGGAAAGAUCUGCAGACUCAAUUUCCAAACUUGAAACAUUUUGAGAGCGUCAAAUGCUAUGAGGUCGCGUUCAGCCCUUGCGAUGCAAGUGGAGUGUGGCUGAAAUCUUGAAAAAAAUAGAUUGGAGGUCUAAUAUAAUUGAUUUGUCAUAAAUGACAUAUCGAAUUCAGCUGCAGGUUAUCAAAAAUCUCAUUCAUUCUUGUUGGUUGAAAGUGUGUUCUUGAAUUACAAGUGUUUGUUUUUUUAUUUCUUUCUUUCCUUCCUUCUUUCUGUGCAAAUUGAGCA